AUGUUUCCAGGUUAUGAGGAUGGAGGACCUGAAAAAGCAUCAGAUCCCAAAACCUCAAUUUUAAAACCUCCAAAAAACCAAAAAGAAGCACAAAAAAGGGAUAUAUGUAUUGAUUCUGAUGAAUCCUUGACAUCAAUUCAGAAGAAGGAGCCAGAAAGAAAAGCAAAGGGCACUGAAAUGGAGGUCAAGUCAGAGGGUGAUAAAGGAAUAUCAAAAGGACUGCAAGUCCAAGAAACAAAGAGUGAAGUGAAAAUACCAAAAGGACAAGAAGCUCAGAUAAAAAGCGACACGGGAGUGGCAGAAAACAAGCCAGUCCCCGCCAAGAGCGACACGGGAGUGGCAGAAACCAAGCCGGCCCCCGCAAAGAGCGACACGGGAGUGGCAGAAAAGAAGCCAGACGCCGCGAAGAGAGACACGGGAGUGGCAGAAACCAAGCCAGCCCCUGCGAAGAGCGACACGGGAGUGGCAGAAACCAAGCCAGCCGCCGCAAAGAGCGACACGGGAGUGGCAGAAAAGAGGUCAGCCUCCGCAAAGAGCGACACGGGAGUGGCAGAAAAGAAGCCAGACGCCGCGAAGAGCGACACCGGAGUGGCAGAAACCAAGCCAGCCCCUGCGAAGAGCAACACGGGAGUGGCAGAAACCAAGCCAGCCGCCGCGAAGAGCGACACGGGAGUGGCAGAAAAGAAGCCAGCAUCCGCGAAGAGCGACACGGGAGUGGCAGAAACCAAGCCAGCCGCCGCGAAGAGCGACACGGGAGUGGCAGAAAAGAAGUCAGCCUCCGCGAAGAGCGACACGGGAGUGGCAGAAACCAAGCCAGACGCCGCGAAGAGCGACACGGGAGUGGCAGAAAAGAAGUCAGCCUCCGCGAAGAGCGACACCGGAGUGGCAGAAACCAAGCCAGACGCCGCGAAGAGCGACACGGGAGUGGCAGAAAAGAAGCCAGACGCCGCGAAGAGCGACACGGGAGUGGCAGAAAAGAAGCCAGACGCCGCGAAGAGCGACACGGGAGUGGCAGAAACCAAGCCAGCCGCCGCGAAGAGCGACACGGGAGUGGCAGAAAAGAAGCCAGACGCCGCGAAGAGCGACACGGGAGUGGCAGAAACCAAGCCAGCCGCCGCGAAGAGCGACACGGGAGUGGCAGAAAAGAAGUCAGCCUCCGCGAAGAGAGACACGGGAGUGGCAGAAAAGAAGUCAGCCUCCGCGAAGAGCGACACCGGAGUGGCAGAAAAGAAGUCAGCCUCCGCGAAGAGCGACACGGGAGUGGCAGAAAAGAAGUCAGCCUCCGCGAAGAGCGACACGGGAGUGGCAGAAAAGAAGCCAGACGCCGCGAAGAGCGACACGGGAGUGGCAGAAAAGAAGCCAGACGCCGCGAAGAGCGACACGGGAGUGGCAGAAACCAAGCCAGCCGCCGCGAAGAGCGACACGGGAGUGGCAGAAAAGAAGUCAGCCUCCGCGAAGAGCGACACGGGAGUGGCAGAAACCAAGCCAGCCGCCGCGAAGAGCGACACGGGAGUGGCAGAAAAGAAGCCAGCCGCCGCUAAGAGCGACACGGGAGUGGCAGAAACCAAGCCAGCCGCCGCGAAGAGCGACACGGGAGUGGCAGAAAAGAAGUCAGCCUCCGCGAAGAGCGACACGGGAGUGGCAGAAAAGAAGCCAGACGCCGCGAAGAGCGACACGGGAGUGGCAGAAAAGAAGUCAGCCUCCGCGAAGAGCGACACGGGAGUGGCAGAAAAGAAGCCAGACGCCGCGAAGAGCGACACGGGAGUGACAGAAAAGAAGCCAGCCGCCGCGAAGAGCGACACGGGAGUGGCAGAAAAGAAGUCAGCCUCCGCGAAGAGCGACACGGGAGUGGCAGAAAAGAAGCCAGACGCCGCGAAGAGCGACACGGGAGUGACAGAAAAGAAGCCAGACGCCGCGAAGAGCGACACGGGAGUGGCAGAAACCAAGCCAGCCUCCGCGAAGAGCGACACGGGAGUGGCAGAAAAGAAGUCAGCCUCCGCGAAGAGCGACACGGGAGUGGCAGAAAAGAAGCCAGCCGCCACGAAGAGCGACACAGGAGCGGCAAAAGAACCUGAAACCCAAAAAGGAAAGGAACCCCAGGUUUAA